UUCCAAUAUUUUACUUUACUUCAUUUUUGCAAAAACACAUUUAUUAACACUAUUGUUUCAUCAUUACUUGUAACUUACCUGGAUGACAAUUCUUUAUUGGCUGUGUUCAGCAGAAAUAAUGUUUUGCAACACUAGUGCAGUAUUUAAAAUCUAGAGAGCUCUAUGGGCAAAAGCUGUAGAUGUCCGGUAAAUAAAUUUAUUCGCCGGUUUUAACCUUUUAAUAUAACGAAUUCAUUGAAUGUGUUUAAUUGUUAACAAAAAUAUAAACAAAUCAAUCGUACAAUUUUAUUCAUUUCAAUUUCAAAGAUAAAAGCCGAUAGUAAGUAAAGGCAAUGGAUAAUCCGAAUAAAAUUAAAGCCGAUAACGCUGCUACAAAGAAAAUUGAAGAUUUGUUAAAUAAUCACAAAUAUGAAGAACUUUUAGAAUAUGUAAAAAAUACUGUUAAUCACGAUAGUCUUGAUUCAGCACUCUGGGAAAUUAUACCAGAACUUAUAGCUCAACUUACUGAAGGAAACUAUCUUGUGAACAAUAAAUUAUUUCAUACUUGUGAAGAAAUACUUGAAAUAAUUGCUGAACGGUAUAAUCCUGCUGAAACAGCCGUAAUAUUUUUGGGACAAGUUGACAAUAUUAAAAAUGUUAAAUUUAAUGCAUUUCUAAGGCCUCUAGCAACAUGUUUACGCAAAUCAAAAUUACCGAAUUUAAUCGAAUGGGUUAUUAGGAUGAUUAAACUUUAUGUUGAAGAAUUACCCCUACCGAAGAAUAUAAAGCCGACUAUUGAAGGAAAAAUACCUACAGAGGAAACAGAUGAUACUGUUCAAAAUUUGAUGGAAAUCUGUGGGGAUAUUCAAUCAUUUUUUAAUGUCUUAUUUACUCAUGAAAGUGCUCAAGUUCCUAAAGUAAAGUAUAUGUUAGUACAAUUAUAUUUAAUCUUGUUUGGAGAUCCUUUUUCUCAUCUACCUGUCAACUCUGAAAUAGAAGAUUUAUAUAAACCAUUAAUUGAGCGAUUGUGUCAACUGAAUGGUAAUGCUUUCGAUUUUCUAUUUAUUAUUGAAGAUCGAAGUCAUAGCCGUACAAUGAAACCAAAAACAGAUAAAGAAGAUUUGCAAACUACCAAAGUUCAAAUAUUAAAUGAAGUUACGGAUUUAGCAUUUGCUAAUUAUUUUUAUAUUCUUAUGACAUCAGAAGCUGUACAAGAUUUUAUUCCACAGGUUUACCAUCCCCAUUAUUUGAUGAAUCCUCUGUUUUACUUAGGAAAUUAUCUUUUAAAACAACAAAAAUAUAUACUGAUUUUUAAAGGCUUAAGUUUAAUUGAUGUUGUUCUAAAGCGAGUAGAAAUUGAAUCAAUUUCAUACGAAGUCUUGCAGUCUAAGGCUUUCACAGAUUUGUUUACCAAUUUGUUCCAAGUAAUGAUUUAUUGUGAUUCAGAGAAUGAAAGAAAACAAGCUUUACAAAUUUUCCGAGAUUAUAUUAAACGCUUUGACAUGAGGGCACGUCACUUAGUAUUUACAUACUUAUACGAGAAAGUGAAUCACUCUGGUUCUCUAGCUUUGGUGACCAGUAUUCUAAAAGAAGCAAUAAUACAAUCAUUAGACCAAGUGCCUCAUUGUGAUUAUUUCAUUGGUAAAAAAUUGAAAGUUCUUAUGGAAAAGAUCUGUCACCUUCCCAGUGGAUCUUCAACUGAUCCUAUAGAAAUAGCUGAUGAAGUCAUGGCUACUUUGAAUCUCAUACGAUAUUUAAUUUUGCGCGAUAAAACUAAUAUAACAGGAAUUUGGACAUGGAUAGAGAUAAUUAAAAAAGAAUACUUAGAACCUUUGAAAGAAGUAGUAGACAUAGCAAGAAAUCACUGGACAGUAAAGAUUAAAUAUUUGGAAACAGAACAAAAAAAUAAACCUCAAGCAUCAAAUACUGAUAUAAACAGCGAUAUCACUUUAACAGUUGGUGGAGUAAAUUUGCCACCGAUGCCAAUUGCAGAAAAAAUUAAAACGGGCAUUAGAAGUUUAUGGACUUCUAGGCUUUUACUUCAAGGCCAAGCACAUCCUAAUGAAAGUGCAACUGCUGAAGAAAAUAAAUACGAGAGCGAAGAGGAUUACGAAAAGAACAUUAAAUCAAAAAUUCUCGCUGCAUCAAUACCAUUUGUACAAGAGUUAGGAUGGAGCCAGCAAGCUAUUAGUGCAGGUGCUGAGUCUAUUGGAUACCCAGGAAUUAUUCAUGGAAUGUUCCCUAAUGGCGGAGCAGAACUAGUUCAACAUUUCUAUGCUAGUUGUAAUGCAGAAUUGACUAAUAUUCUUAAAGCUGAAGCUUUGGCUAUUCAAGCAGAUUCUGCAAAGACCAAAAAACCGCCAGAAGUUCAUGUUAGAGAUGCUUUGGAAACUAGGCUACGGAUGUUGGUGCCAUAUAAAUCUACUUGGCCUCAAGCGAUGGCUCUUAUGACACUACCACCAAAUGUACCUACUGCUUUAGCGAAUUUACUUACUUUAGUUGAUGAUAUUUGUUACUAUGCUGGUGAUAGAUCUGUUGAUCUUAACUGGUAUACAAGGAGGAUAGGUCUUGCUGGAAUAUAUAAAGCUUCAGAACUUUACUUACUGCAGGAUAGUAGCGAGGACCAUAAACAAACAUGGGAAUUUAUGGAACGACGAAUUGAAGAUGCUCUUCAACUUCAGCGAGUUUUAAAUGUCGCUUCUGAGAUUCCUCCACCUGAACAAGCCAUUAAUAGAGCUACUGAAGCAGCAAGUGCAGCAUUCACAACAGCCCGCAAUAUCCUUGGUUUGAAUUGGAAUAAAUGAAGCAAAUAAGUAAAAAGUAUUGCCAAUAGUUGUAGUUAUUUAUAAUGACCUUUAGUUUUUAUAAAAGAAAAAUAUCUAAAAAUGUAAGUCAUGAGGAUUUCUUGCACUAAAUAAAAAUCUUUUGUUUUAUUUUUAAA